AUGAUUGAUCAAAAUACAGGUGCUAUAAUAGUAGGGUGUCUUCUAAUCCUAUUGACCACGCUUGCAUACUUCGUGUUGACCGCAAAGAAGAGCGCAACUACCAGUAAGACAAAAGAGCCUGCUGUAUUCAUUACAGGUCCAUCAAAAAGUGGCAAAACAGCACUAUUUACAUUGCUAACCACUGGUGAAGUAAGAAAUACUGUUACUUCUCAGGAUACAAAUAUUAAAAAGAAUUAUGAAUCCCGUGUUAACUUAAUCGAUUUCCCAGGUCAUGUAAAGCUACAUUAUAAGCUGAUGGAUGCUUUGAGGGAAACAGAACAUAUUAAGGGUAUAUUAUUCGUUGUGGAUGCUACUAUUGACCCUAAGAAAUUAAGUGAAACUGCAGAAUUCUUAUUAGAAAUAUUGACUAUAACUGAAGUCUCCAAGGAACCAAUUGAUAUAUUGAUUGCUUGUAACAAAUCAGAAUCGUUCACCGCCAGACCUCCUGCAAAGAUAGUGGAAGCAUUGGAAAAAGAAGUAGGACUAACAAUUGAAAGACAUAACAAAUCUUUAGGUGAAGUUAAAAAGAGAGCAGAUUUCAAUGUUGGUGGUGACGAUGAAAGUGAUGAUGAAAAUGCUGGUUUCCUUGAAAAUUUCAAUGGAAAUACUAAAUUUAAGUUUUCAAUGUUAGAAGGUGAAGUAGAAUAUAUGAAGGGUAGUGUAACAAAAAAGGAUAUUGGUAACUGGGAAGAAUGGUUAGAUGGUAAGGUAUCUGCAUAA